UUUAACUUCAAAACAUUUUCUCAUUCUUCUUUCUUGCUUUUUCUUUAAAGAAAGACUUGUUGGCUCUCCACACCAUUUUCUCUUCUUUUCCCAGCAAAAAUUUUCAAUCUUGUUCAAUCUCAUCUUCUUCUCACAUAGAAAAGAAAAGAGAAAAGAGAAAAAGCUUCAACCUUGUAUUUCAAGACUCUUUUUUUUUCCUCUUUAGUAAGAUGUUUGAUUCCUUAACACCCUUAUACACACUUGAAGUUUCUCAUAUUCCACUACUCACUUUCUUUCACUUUCCCGGAAAAUCCAUUCUUGCCCAAAUGCUUAAAUCCUUUCCUCUUUCCUUAGAUUGCUUCAAAAUCCAAUUUUCUUAAGCCAAAACACAAAAAAAAUACAAACAUGGUCUUUUUCUUUGUCUAUACACUUUACUCUCUUCUACUCAUUACUACUUCUUCUUCUUCUUCUUCUACUUCUUCUUUGGUUAGUGAUUUUCAUGUGUUGUUAAAUCUCAAAGAAGGAUUCGAAUUCGCCAACCCGAUUUUAAACUCAUGGAACCCUUCUUUAAAGCCAAGCUCAAUUUGUUCCUCUUGGGUUGGAAUUACAUGUUCUAAACAAGGAAGAGUAGUUUCACUUGACUUAACUGAUUUAAGUCUAAGUGGUACUAUUUCACCUCAAAUUUCAAAACUUGACCAACUCACUCACUUAUCUCUAGCUGGUAACAACUUCUCAAACAGCAUUGAUGAGAUAACAAGUUUGACUAAACUCAAAUUCUUAAACAUCUCAAAUAACCAGUUUAGUGGAAGCUUAUCACAUUGGAACUACUCAACAAUCUCAGACUUGGAAGUUUUUGAUGCUUACAACAACAACUUCACUGGUGUUCUUCCAAUUGGGAUUCUUAGUUUGAAGAAGAAACUCAAGUACUUGGAUUUUGCAGGGAAUUAUUUCUUUGGCAAAAUCCCAACAUGUUAUGGUGAGUUAGUUGAGUUGGAGUACUUGUCAUUAGCUGGUAAUGAUCUUAAUGGUAAAAUCCCAAGUGAGUUAGGUAACUUAACUAACUUGAAAGAGAUUUACUUGGGUUAUUACAAUGUUUUUGAAGGUGGAAUUCCAAGUGAGUUUGGUAAGUUAGUUAAUCUAGUUCACAUGGACCUUUCCAAUAGUGAAUUAGAUGGUUCAAUACCAAUUGAAUUGGGUAACUUGAAAGCAUUAGACACACUUUACUUGUAUGCUAAUGUACUUUCAGGCUCAAUCCCAAGACAAUUAGGCAACUUAACAAGCUUAAUCAAUCUUGAUCUCUCCAACAACGCGCUCACAGGCGAAAUCCCAUUCGAGUUUGUUAAUCUCACUAAGCUCAAGCUCUUCAACUUAAUGAUCAACAAGUUACAUGGUUCAAUACCUGAUUUUGUAGCUGAAUUGCCUUAUUUGGAGACUCUUUCGCUUUGGAUGAACAACUUCACCGGCGAAAUUCCUAAGAAACUCGGCGAAAAUGGUAAGCUUCAAAUGCUUGAUUUGUCUACAAACAAACUCACUGGUACAAUCCCACCAAACUUGUGUUCUUCCAAUCAGUUAAAGAUUCUAAUUUUGUUGAAAAACUAUCUUUUUGGACCAAUCCCAUUUGGCUUAGGAACUUGUUUUAGUCUUGUUAGAGUUAGAUUGGGACAAAACUACUUGAAUGGUAGUAUCCCAAAUGGUUUUCUUUACUUGCCUCAAUUGAAUCUUGUUGAGUUACAAGAAAACAACUUAUCUGGUUUUUUAUCAGAAAAUUGUAGUAACUCAUCAUCCAAUCCAACCAAAUUAACCCAACUCAACCUCUCAAAAAAUCUCUUAUCAGGUUUUAUACCAUCUUCAAUCUCAAAUUUCACUUCUCUUCAAAUCCUUCUCCUUAGUGAAAACCAAUUCUCAGGUCCAAUCCCAACUUCAAUAGGACAACUCACUCAAGUUUUAACACUUGAUCUAAGCCAAAACUCACUCUCUGGCCAAAUCCCACUUGAGAUUGGUAACUGUCUUCAUCUAACUGUCCUUGACAUGAGUCAAAACAACCUCUCUGGCUCAAUCCCACCACAGAUUUCGAAUAUUCGAAUCUUGAAUUACCUUAACUUGUCAAGAAACAAUCUGAACCAAAACAUACCAAGAUCAAUAGCUACAAUGAAGAGUCUAACAACAGCUGAUUUCUCCUUCAACAAUUUCUCUGGCAAAUUACCCGAAACAGGCCAAUUCGGGUUCUUCAACGCCUCAUCAUUCGCUGGAAAUCCACAACUCUGCGGUUCAUUGCUCAACAACCCUUGUAACUUCACAACAAUCGAAACCAAACCCCGAAAACAAGAACCAGAUUUCAAGCUUAUUUUCGCGCUAGGCCUACUCAUAUGCUCCUUAGUUUUCGCAGCAGCAGCCAUAAUCAAAGCCAAAUCUUUCAAAAGAAACAGCGCGAAUUCAUGGAAAAUGACAGCAUUUCAAAAACUGGAAUUCACUGUGUUUGACAUACUCGAAUGUGUCAAAGAUGGGAAUGUUAUAGGCAGAGGAGGAGCUGGAAUUGUCUACCAUGGAAAAAUGCCAAAUGGGGUCGAAAUCGCUGUCAAAAAACUACUGGGGUUCGGAUCAAACAGCUGCCAUGAUCACGGAUUCAAAGCAGAAAUCCAAACACUUGGGAAAAUUAGACACAGAAACAUUGUUAGAUUGAUUGCUUUUUGUUCCAACAAAGAAACCAAUCUUCUUGUUUAUGAAUACAUGAGAAAUGGAAGCUUAGGUGAAGCUAUUCAUGGAAGAAAAAAGGGUGCUCCUUUCUUGAAUUGGAAUAUGAGAUAUAAGAUUGCCAUUGAAGCUGCUAAAGGACUGUGUUAUCUUCACCAUGAUUGUUCUCCUUUGAUUCUCCAUAGAGAUGUGAAAUCCAAUAACAUUUUGCUUGAUUCCAACUUUGAAGCACACGUGGCGGAUUUCGGGCUUGCCAAGUUCUUGCUUGACGGCGGCGCCUCCGAAUGUAUGUCGGCGAUUGCUGGCUCCUACGGCUACAUUGCUCCUGAAUACGCUUAUACAUUACGAGUAGACGAAAAGAGUGACGUGUACAGUUUCGGGGUUGUGUUACUGGAACUGGUGACGGGACGACGUCCAGUAGGAGAUUUCGGAGAAGGAGUAGACAUAGUUCAAUGGUCAAAAAAAGCCACAAGUUGUAAAAAAGAAGUUGUUGUUCAAAUCGUUGACCGAAGGUUGACCGCCGUCCCCGAAGACGAAGUGACUCACUUGUUCUUCAUUGCUACUCUUUGUAUACAAGAGAAUAGUGUCCAACGUCCAACAAUGAGAGAAGUUGUUCAAAUGUUGUCUGAGUUCACAGAUCGCCAUAGUACUACUCCUCAUCAUCACCAAUCAUCAUCUUCUUCUAAGAUCAAAUGUGAAAAUAAUGACACAAAAAUUACUUGCCCUAAGUUUAGACAAGAUCUUUUGGUUUAAUAUGAUAUAAUUAAUUCUAUAUAUAAGAAGAAAAAAAAGAACGUAUAAUAUAUUAAAAAUAGCAUUUUUUUUUUAUUUUCUACCUUAAUUUUAAUGAUUUUCUAGAGUUGAGUUAAAUGGGUGUAAUAUUGUUAUAUAGUGGCUUGUCUUUUUUUUUUUGGUUGUACAAGAAUUUGAGGGGAUUUAUUUUGGUUUAGAUAUAGGAAGAAGGAAGAGAAGAGAGACAAUUGUGGUCAAUUAUUAUAUUAGAGUUAGAUAUUAUUAAUUAGAAUUAAAAUAAUGAAAUAUAUAUAGUUUUGCACUUGUUUUCAAAACGGUGCGUUUUAUAUAUAAGUGGGAAAAAAGAAGAGCAUGAAAGCUUUAAUUUGGGCAAGCAUGGAUGCCCUUUUUUGUAUUAUAUAUCUUUAUUUAAAAAAAGUAGUUAUUUAACAC